GCGAUACACACACGCAAACAUACACACAUAUGCGGACACAGGAGAGACAACCGUCAAAGCAAAGCCACGUUUGGGAUUGUCUAAUCUUCACUCCGCACAACCUGGAUGCGCCCCGACCGCAGGAGUCAUCCUAAUGGGCCUUCAUCGCUAAUUUGCAGCCACAUCUGCUCGACAGCACCCGGGUAUCUUUUGGCUCUAAUGGUACUAGCUGAACAGUGACCAUUACCUGCCUGAGGACACCUGCUGCCCAAUUCCCUUCAUCAUGUCUGGGAUCCACACGCCAUGGUCGACUGGCACAGAGUGUGUAGCCAAGUAUAACUUCCAGACUGCCAACGAACAGGACCUGCCCUUCUGUAAAGGAGAUGUACUGACCAUCAUAGGAGUCACCAGGGAUCCAAACUGGUACAGAGCAAGGAACACAGUGGGCAGAGAGGGCACCAUCCCAGCUAACUAUGUCCAGAAAAGGGAAGGAGUCAAGUCAGGAGGAAAACUCAGUCUUAUGCCGUGGUUUCAUGGUAAGAUAACUCGGGAGCAGGCUGAGCGACUCCUCUAUCCUCCAGAGACGGGUUUGUUCCUGGUGAGGGAGAGCACCAACUAUCCCGGCGACUACACCCUGUGCGUCAGCUGCGACGGCAAGGUGGAGCACUAUCGCAUCAUCUACCACAACGGCAAACUGACCAUCGAUGAGGAGGAGUACUUUGAGAACCUCAUGCAGCUGGUGGAGCACUACACCAAAGAUGCCGAUGGACUUUGUACCAGACUGAUUAAACCCAAGUUGAUGGAGGGAACAGUGGCAGCGCAAGACGAGUUCUCCAGGAGCGGCUGGGCCUUGAACAGAAAGGAGCUGAAACUCAUCCAGACUAUUGGCAAAGGAGAGUUUGGAGAUGUGAUGGUGGGAGACUACAGAGGGACCAAGGUGGCGGUCAAGUGUAUCAAGAAUGAUGCAACAGCGCAGGCUUUCAUCGCUGAGGCUUCUGUCAUGACGCAACUGAGGCACAACAACCUGGUGCAGUUGCUAGGGGUGAUCGUGGAGGAGAGGGGCAGUCUUUACAUCGUCACAGAAUACAUGGCGAAGGGCAGCCUAGUGGACUACCUGCGCUCUCGAGGACGGACUGUCCUCGGUGGAGACUGCUUACUCAAGUUCUCACUUGAUGUGUGUGAAGCCAUGGAGUACCUGGAGGCCAACAACUUCGUCCACAGAGACUUGGCAGCUCGUAAUGUGCUGGUGUCUGAUGACAACAUCGCCAAGGUCAGCGACUUCGGCCUCACCAAGGAGGCGUCCUCCAUACAGGACACCGCCAAGCUGCCCGUCAAAUGGACCUCCCCCGAAGCACUAAGAGAGAAGAGGUUUUCCACCAAGUCAGACGUCUGGAGUUAUGGAAUCCUACUUUGGGAGAUUUACUCCUUUGGCCGUGUGCCUUACCCUAGAAUUCCGUUGAAAGAGGUGGUGCCCCGGGUGGAGAAGGGGUACAAGAUGGACGCCCCGGACGGCUGCCCGCCAGUGGUUUACGACCUGAUGAAGCAAUGCUGGACCCUGGACCCUGUGGUGCGGCCCUCCUUCCGCAUGCUGAGGGAGAAGCUGCAGCAUAUCAGAGCCAAAGAGCUCUACCUGUGAAGAGGAGGCUCAGGUGGGAGGGGGGGCGUAGGAGGGAGAGGAGGGGGGCAAGACACAGCCCAGCACAGCUGUAACAUGGGAGGAGGAGGAGGAGGAGGAGGAGGAGGAGAAGAAGAAGAAGAGGGACCACAGCACCUUCCUCCUGCCUGCCCGGCUUGUUGACCCGUGGGACUGCCAUAGCGUGCCCCCUCCCUCGACCUCAGGCGUCCACCAGCCGUCCUCUGCUUCCACACUAGGACUGUUUUCCUGUUUGUGUUGUAUAGCUUUUGCCAGACAAUUUCCUCUUCUGUCGAUGGGCCACUGCUCUUUCCUCCUUCUACACCUGCCUCUGCUCUCUCUCUUUGUCACUUGGUCCAAGUCGCUCUUCUUCCUCUACCUGAAAGAUCCCUUUUUCUUUCUUUGUAUUCCCUCCCCUCCUCCUCCUCCCCCUCCUCCUCUCCUGAACAUGGCAUUAACUGGAGGGGAGGCUGGCCUUUUCCUCCACGUUUGUCAGGUGCUCCUCCUUCCUCACCCCACCCAUGUAUCAUUCCUGGAUCUCUGUAUCACCAUGUGGCUCUGCAUGCCUUUCAGCCCACCUCUGUGUCAUUCCAUCCUUCUAUCCCUCCUUGCUUUCCCUCGGCCGUCGUGUCAGGUGUGGGGCCUUCGCUCUGUGCCAAAGUGCCUCCAGUCUACAGAGCUCCAGACUUCCCUCCAACACUUCUUUUAAUUGGACUGUUGUGGUUUCAUU